AUGGCUCAGGGCGACAUUCAAAGGUACGAGAUGGUAUCGACGAUCUUGUUCUAAGUGGAUUAAACCCCCUUUCUUUAGUGGUACUUCUGGAUGGCAUCCACGCCGUGUUUCUUCCAGCUAUUCUUCCUACGCCCUUUCCCACCAUCUGCCUGCCCACAAUAUGGACCUCUCUGACACAAACCUUGCCGACCCAUGGCUUAUCUCGCCCAUGCAAGGGUUCCAGCAUAACCCACGUCAUCAAUUCCAAGAAGAGGUUUACGCUGAUCCUCGAUAUGUGGCCAACGAUGGUGAGACAGAAUCGCACAUCAGCUGUGUGUUUGCGUGCAGGUGGAAUGAUGGUUACGGCAUAUGCGGCAGGAGUAUAAAUGCAGCUGGGAUCGGGGAACAUAUGUUAUCAUACCAUUUCAAGUCACCUUUACCCGCCGACAGCCGCUUGGAAUGUCUGUGGGAGGGUUGUAAACUCCAUAAGCCUGUGCGCCGAGACACAAUCAUCCGCCACAUCGUCGAGAUACAUCUCGGACUCAAGAAUCGAUGCAAGCUCUGGGUAGCCUCUCAUGGUGGGGCCAGUUUCUGUGGAUCUCGCAAAAAUGCACGCCUGCAGUAAUAACGUUUGUGUAGUCUUCGUCUGUAAUCUAUGCUCUAGUCCACUUUUAGUUGAUGUUGCUCGCUGUUGUCUCUGUACAAGCCAUAUGCUGUGUACAUAUCUAGCUGUUCGUCACAAUCCAUUAACAUUAGUCAUUCGUGCGUUAAGUUAUGUUCAUUCCAUAGUUUCCUAUAUCAUGCAUAUGUAACUUGUUUGACACAGUACAGGGGAGGUCGUGAAUCUGAUAAAAUUUCAUCACUGGCCUGAGGGUAGCCAAGCAUGCGACUAUGUACUGAGGGUCCUUGAUC